CUGGUGUUGGCAUAGUAACACCAAAUGCAUUUUCUGUAGCCAUAGAUACUCAAAGCGUAAAACAUGGAGGAUUUAAAAAGUAGAUAUUUGUCCGUAUGUGCAGAAGUUCAGCGACCCCCCAAAGCAUGUGUUUUGAAAGUACUUGCAGAUAGCGCGAUCAGCGACGUUGUUACGCUCGUAUUAGCUGGAAAUGAUCGGCAUGGAGAAAGACUUACAGAUGACGAUGUGCUUGUCUUGUCAAAAACGCUGGUUGGAAAUUUGGCAAUAAAGGGUUUGGAUCUUAGAUACAAUUGCAUUACGGAUAAAGGAGCUGUUUAUCUGGCAAACCUCAUUCAGGAGAGCGAGUCCCUUCAGUUUCUUGAUCUAAUGUGCAAUAACAUUGAAGCAGAGGGUGCAGGAAUGCUAGCAAAAAGUCUCCAUGAAAAUAAAAGCUUGAGAAAGCUCAGAUUUACUGGAAAUAAUAUCGGAAACAAAGGUGCCAUGCAACUGGCUGCCAUGUUGCAGAUCAAUGCUACUUUAGAGGAAGUGGAUGUGUCAGAUUGUGACCUGACUACACAGAGUGUAAUAGCAUUUGCCAUCGUCUUGAACAAUAACAGAAGAAUUUGUGCCCUUGAUAUUAGCCGACCUCUUCUUUUCAGUCUUCAGGAGGAAACAACAGAACAUAUGGCACUUAUGCUGAAGGUCAAUAAAACAUUAAGGGAGCUGCACCUGGGAAAACAUGGCAUGACUGAUACUGGCGUGGAAAGACUGUGUGAAGCAUUGAAAAUGAACUCUUCUCUACGCUACUUGGAUCUUCGUUGUAACAGAAUUACACGAGAUGGCGCCAGAUGCCUAUCAGAUGUUUUAAAACAAAAUAGCACUUUGGAGAUUCUAGAUCUCUCCUCCAAUUGCAUCGAGGAUGAUGGUGCUAAGUAUCUAAGUGAAGCUAUCAAGAUUCCACACAGCAAACUCAGAGCAUUGUCCAUUACCGCUAAUAACGCUGGAACUGCAGGUCUAAUGUGCCUCUACAAGGCCAUCAGGGUCAAUUCAACUCUCACAAAUGUUUACAUUUGGGGGAACAAACUCGAGGAGCCAGUCUGUGUGGGCUUCUCCCAGCUGAUAAGCAGCGGGCGACUGUUGGAAGGGCACACAGAUGUUUCCCCCUAUGAGGUUGACGGUCAUGUUUGCUUGGCAGAAGCAUCUCAUGGUUUGCAGAGACAUUACUAUCAGACAUCCCCAUAUGGGAUGAAUGAUUUCAGCAAAUCUGCACUGACACUGAUUUCAUCACAUUCGUUGGUAUCUUAGAUCCAGCCUGAAUCGCAACUUUGAUGUAUUUUCAAUACAUAUUUUUAAUCAAUACUUUUUCAGGAUUUAGGACUUUUUCGGAGGCAAAAUACAGUACCCUUGGUUACAUUUGUUUAUUAUAAAGUGUGUUUUAUUAUUUAUAAUUUCAGUUCUUAAUGACAGCUUACAUCUUUGUUUCUAGUAUUUGUGAAUUGUGAAUAACACAUUAUUUAUACAAAUGGUUUGCUCUGAAACUUAAUCUUUGUUAUGUUGGGUGUC